AUGAGGCUGCAAGAAGAUGAUUUACUGGGCGAAGAUGAAGAGAUUGGCGAUGACAACGGCCAUGCAGUUGAAUGUAUUCGUGAGCCACAUUCCGAUGACAAGGACGCCGUUUAUAUUUGGAGUGAUCACGACACCGAUUCCGAAAGCUCCGAGACUGAAGUACAGGAUACUAACUUGGACAAUGUACCAAGCACAUGCCUGAUCUGCUGA